CUUCCAAGUUCAAAUUUGUCUCCAGUAGUGAUUUGGGAGAACGUCCGAGCAGAUGUACUGUAUAUUAGAUCUGCCCUCCAGAAUGGUUCUCGCCUAAUAAGUCUAAGAUGUUGAAUGACAGCAUAUUUACACAGCUAUAAAACAAAUUAAAUCAGCCUACCCGAAGAAACUACAAAGAAGGUUAAAUAAAACAAAUUGCUAGGCGGAAGGAACCAUGGGAGACGUGGAAAGGACUUUGGGAGAGGUGGGAGGCAGCGUGAGAGAGAAGAGGUGGAGACAAAACAGACGAUACCAGAGGAAGUGGUGUCGACAUGGUCUCUCUGUAUGGUGCAAGAAGUACUUUUGGGAAGGUCAGCUGAAACAAGGGGCAGUAGAUGAAGGCAACGAAAACGUCACCAAUACCAGGGGCCCCUUAAGCGGUUUGUCACCAUCGAAGCGUAAACUUGUGGGACUGUUGAUUCCUGCUGCCUUCUUCCACUUCUGGUACUGGUCCAUCAUGACCUACAGGAACCUCUUCUAUGUUUAUGAGACCAAGUAUCCCAUGUCCAUCACUAUGGUCUUUGGUUCCAUCAUUGCUGGAAUGACGAGCGUUGGCGGAGGUGCAGUAGCAUUUCCAGUGAUGACAUUAGUGAUGAAGGAGCCUCCAGAGAUCGCCCGCGACCUGGCCAUGUCACUACAAGCUAAUGGAAUGACAGCUGCAUCAUUCUCGAUAUUUUUUAUGAAGGUUCAUAUAGAAAGACACGCCUUAUUGUUUAGUUUGCUUGGAUCUUCUAUUGGUGUCAUAUUUGGUCUGGAGGUGAUAGAUCCCUUGCUAACACCACCCAUGAAAAAGAUGGGGUUUGUCAGCAUUUUCUUUGCUUUUUCAUUUGCAUUGUUUCUGAUCAAUUGGAAUCACAAAAGAACAACAUUCAAUAAUAUUCCAGAAUUAAAUUGGUGGAAAAGAUUACUAAUUUUUAUAUUUGGGUUUAUUGGUGGAAUAUUCACCUCCUUUUCUGGUAGUGGGGCUGAUAUCUGCAUGUUUAGUCUCCUCACACUUUUCUUUAAGGUUUCAGAGAAAGUAGCGACCCCUACUUCUGUAGUUCUGAUGGCCAUGACGUCAAUGGUGUGUUGGUGGUGGAGGACUCUCGUGACAGGGGCGAUGCCUCAAGAAAGUUGGGAAUAUCUACUUGUUGUUGUCCCUAUUGUUACAAUAGGAGCUCCAUUUGGUGCUCUUAUUGGCACACAUUUCCAUCGAUUAGUGCUGGCCGCCUUUGUAUACAUCCUUAACACUAUGUCUUUAAUUGGUGCCCUUGUAAUAAUUCCUCAGACAGGUACUCUUAUUGCGGGCUCAGCUGGUGUAAUGGUGGCAAUGUUUAUCGUAUUCUCUGUCAUAUAUAAACUUGGGGAUUGCAUAAAUGCCAAACAUGAUAAUAAAAUUACAAAACACAAGCAAGAGGCAGAGGUGAGAGUUGAGACAACCAGUGGCUAUAUACGAAAUGAUGUACUUACACGGCGAAAAAUCUCCGAGGAAGAUAAUCAAGCAUAUUUCUCCAGUGUCGAAUGUAUUCGUAAUACGUAACUUCGUUUGAUGUUUAGAUAAUGCUUUCUGUAUCAUCUUAAUCCCACUUCAUUGCUUUGUCCUGGAAAGUGCGGGAAAAAGUGCAAGUGUGACGCCGUUACACCUGUCGACGGCCAGCAAAACAAAAAAGAAACAUUUGUACGUGGAAGCUUUACAUUACAGUAUUUUAAUAUGCGUCGGUCUGCAGUAAGUUAAGAGUUCUAAAUAACUUAUCAUUACAGUGGUUAGUGAAUAAAGGAAGUGUUAUACUGCCUGAUUGCUGUACUCCCAUGUAACAUUCUUUGUAAUUUAAUAUUUGGGCAACAAAAAAUAAACCCCGAAAGAUACGUCUGACUUGGGAGUGACAUUAAGUACAAUGUGAUGACAAUAGAUAUAAAUAGGACAAUGGAGUUCAAUCACUUGUCGAGGCCUACCUAUUUUAUCAGCUGAGACUAUUGUUCCUGUAAGAAAAAAAUAGAAGAAAAAAUAGAUAUAAUGGCGAUAUUUUAAGGUGGAAAAAACAUAUAUUGUAUCGUCAGUUGACAUUCACAGCAAGUUCUAUUGUUCUCUCAGAGCAUACAAUUCUCCUUUGUUCUUAUCGUAACAAAGUUCCUUCAUUCCUCUGCAUCAUAACCACUCGUGAAUAAACUGUUGACUUUUA